UGGGACAGCCGCGCGGUUGGAAUUGCUCGCAGGGGUUGGAUUUCUUGCAGCUGCGCAACUCACCUCCCGCAAGGACUCUUGUGACACCCCCUGCCCUGGGGCCCCCACUCCAGCUUGUUGUUUCCCCGUGCACUCCAGGUCGGUUUUUCCCGGCAACUCUUGGUGUGAUUUCCAAACUUCUGGGCUCCAGGCUCACUUCGGAAUUCGCCCCCGCCUCCCGCUUGCUCCCCUCGGACCCCGGGAAAUCGCGAGCUCCCCUGCCACGCGCGCCCGGGGACCGCGGGCGGAGCGGCCUGCGCGGAGGGCGGCCGGGGCCAUGAAACCGUCUUGGCUACAAUGUCGCAAAGUCACCGGCGCCGGGGGCCUCGGGGGGCCCCUGCCCGGGUCCCCUCCAGCCCGGGGAGCCGGUGCGGCCCGCAGGGCUUUGGUGGCCCCGGGCCCGUGGGGCGCUGUCGGGGGCCGGGGCUGCAGGGCGCUGGCCUCGGGCAGCGUGGGCGAGUACAAGACGCACUUCGCGGCCUCGCUGGCCGACCCCGAGAGGUUCUGGGGCAAAGCUGCCGAGCAGAUCAGCUGGUACAAGCCCUGGACCAAAACGCUAGAGAACAGACACCCUCCUUCCACCAGUUGGUUUGUGGAAGGAGUGCUUAACAUUUGUUACAAUGCCAUCGAUCGUCAUAUUGAAAAUGGUAAAGGGGAUAAGAUUGCUAUCAUCUAUGACAGCCCUGUUACAAAUACUAAAGCAACUAUUACCUAUAAAGAAGUUCUGGAGCAGGAGACGGUUCCUUUGGCUCCAGAUCGUGAUCUUGAUUGGGAUGAAGAGAUGGCAAAAGCCCAAUCACAUGACUGUGUUCCUGUUCUUUCGGAACAUCCACUGUAUAUUCUUUACACAUCUGGAACUACGGGCCUGCCUAAGGGUGUGGUUAGGCCCACUGGGGGGUAUGCUGUGAUGCUAAACUGGACAAUGUCCUCUAUAUAUGGACUUAAACCUGGAGAGGUGUGGUGGGCAGCUUCUGACUUGGGCUGGGUUGUUGGACAUUCCUAUAUCUGUUAUGGACCUCUUAUACAUGGAAACACAACAGUUUUAUAUGAGGGGAAGCCGGUGGGAACACCAGAUGCUGGUGCUUAUUUCCGUGUGCUUGCGGAGCAUGGAGUAGCUGCCUUGUUUACAGCGCCAACUGCAAUUAGAGCAAUUCGUCAACAGGACCCUGGGGCAGCCUUGGGGAAACAGUACUCUCUGACAAGAUUCAAAACAUUAUUUGUGGCUGGAGAACGAUGUGAUGUGGAGACCCUGGAAUGGUCCAAAAAGGUCUUCAGAGUACCUGUCCUAGACCAUUGGUGGCAAACUGAGACUGGAUCCCCAAUCACAGCGUCAUGCAUUGGAUUAGGUAAUUCUAAAACACCUCCACCAGGGCAAGCAGGAAAAAGUGUUCCAGGAUACAAUGUUAUGAUUUUGGAUGACAACAUGCAAAAACUGAAGGCUCGGUGCUUAGGAAAUAUUGUGGUAAAGUUGCCGUUACCACCUGGGGCUUUUUCAGGACUCUGGAAGAAUCAGGAAGCAUUCAAGCAUUUAUACUUUGAAAAAUUUCCAGGAUACUAUGAUACCAUGGAUGCUGGUUACAUGGAUGAAGAAGGCUAUUUAUAUGUUAUGUCUCGAGUUGAUGAUGUAAUAAAUGUUGCAGGUCACAGGAUUUCUGCAGGUGCCAUUGAAGAGUCAGUCCUUUCCCAUGGCACUGUGGCAGACUGUGCUGUUGUUGGCAAGGAAGAUCCUUUGAAAGGUCACGUCCCCUUAGCACUCUGUGUAUUGAGAAAAGAUAUAAAUGUGACAGAGGAAAAAGUUUUGGAAGAAAUUGUGAAACACGUGAGACAGAACAUUGGCCCUGUAGCUGCUUUUCGAAAUGCUGUGUUCGUCAAACAGUUACCUAAAACCAGAUCUGGCAAAAUUCCCCGAUCAGCUCUAUCUGCCCUUGUCAAUGGCAAGCCAUACAAGAUAACUUCUACGAUUGAAGACCCCAGCAUUUUUGGCCACAUAGAAGAAGUGCUGAAGCAGGCCCCAUGACUUCUUUUUUUCUAUUUUGAGUCAAUUUGGGUUAAUUUCUAAAUUUAAAUUAAAUUAUUUGAGUUAAAUAUUUAAAUAUAAAUUACUUGCAAACAGAAAUGUGAAUUGCAAAACUUGGUCUAAGCAAAUCUAAUGAAAACUAGUGAAAGACCUCUGCCUUCUGUUUCACUUGACGCUGUUAGCAUUGUUGUCAGUUGCCUGUAACGUGGUUCAGUAUAUGUUGUCUACUGCUUUAACUUAAGACAAAGGUAUCUAGUGUAUGAAUUUUAAAAUUGGUACUCCUUCAAAAACAUUUUAAUUUAAAAUGACGCUAAUAUAGAGCCACUUCCUGAAAUUAAAAAUCUGCAGCUUUGAUCCCAAACCUAAAACUCAAAGUCCAAGUCAGAUAAUAAUUAAAAUUUUUCUUAUAUAAAUUUUAAAUAUGUUCUAAUAUUCUUUAUCUGCUUACACUAUUCUACAUAAAAUAGAUGAAAAUGGGAAGUUUAGGUAAUCAUCUAAACAGAUGAAAUUGUUAUCUAGGUAGGAGGGCCUGUCUAGCCAUUUGUUUUUGGAGGGAGGGCUGGACACCAGGGUUAAAGCUCUGCCUUCUGACCACUUGUGACUUAGGCAAGGGAAAUCCUAUGCCUGGCUGAGAACCUAGAGGUCAUUUAGUCCAAUCUCUUCAAAGACAUGAGGACUCUUGAGAACCCCUCCACUUGUCUUGGGUUCUUAGCUGAUUGUACUCCCUAAUAAUUCCAGCUUCCUUUGGAAAACAAACAAACAAAAAAUGAUGCACAAAUGAGGUAGGAUGGCAAGGAAAACUCUUAAAGAAAAAAUGUAAAGGUUUUUACAUUAGACUAAAGACCAAGGGGGCUUCCAAGCGGGUGGUGUGAUGUCAAGGAGCUUUUUCAACUAAGUUUGAGCCCCUUGGUCUGAGUAUCAAUAGUGGGGAAUGGUGAACACUGGAGGAUGCCUGCUCCACCUAAGGGGGCAGCCUCUACUCAGUCCCAGCACAAUAUGGCCCAGGAGCGAGACAAGUCUCCUGCUUCAAGAGCCUCUGGUUUUUUAUAGAAACCAAAAGUUCAGAUUUUUAUGUAAAAUCUCUAAUGUUUAAAUAAUAACUCUUUUAAAAAUUUUGUAAUGUCCAAACAUGUCUUUCUGUUUAACGUCUAUAAAAUUCAUGUAUUGUUUAAAAAUAAUUGAAAAGUGAAUCUUUGUUAAUAGUAAUGUGCCAGUUAACUAGAGUAGAUAGAUGUAGGUAAUUAAAUAUUUGGUUUACUUAGUGUUCUACAUGUCAUCAGUUAUACAAGAAUGCAUUUUAACACAAAAGCAUAUCAUGCUCAUUGAAUCUUAGAUGAUUCUCAAAGUAUUUCUAAGUCUUUUAGUCCAUCAGGAGCAUUAUUUUCAAGAGCAGGUUGUCUUGACAUAAUAUUCUGGGUACACAAAAGUAUAUGUAAGAGAUAAUAGAAUACUUGUUUGUUUCAUAAAAAUAACUUACAAUCUGUAUAAAAACGUUCUGAAAAUGUGAACAUUUUUUUGGACCGAAGAUCACAAAAUAAAUGGCUUCUCAAAGUAAA